CUCCGUCCAGUUUGCUUUCGACUAUCAAAGACCUGAUUCCGACCUCCAGCUGCCAGCCAUUGCCAUUUCAGCCUUCAAUUCUUAGGGUGCUGCUUGAUACCAGGCCUUGUCGCCCCUAAUUCUACCAUCAAUGACAUCCAAAUUGGUCCCCUUUUCUUUGCGGCAGGGCCGCUUCGCUCUCUCCCGCUUCCCAGUCCGGCAAUGUCGCCCGUUCACUGUUGCGGCGCCCCUCCGGAGCGAGAUUUUCGCAGUCCACCGAAACACUCCCGAAAACAACCCUAACAUCCCCUUCAAAUUCUCAGAAGAGAACCUCAAGCUUAUCGAUGAGAUCCUCCUGAGGUAUCCUCCACAAUAUAAGAAGGCAGCUGUCAUGCCACUUCUAGACCUGGGUCAACGGCAGCAUGGCUACACUAGCAUCAGUGUUAUGAACGAAGUAGCGCGCAUGCUGGAGAUGCCCCCAAUGAGAGUGUACGAAGUUGCGACAUUCUACACAAUGUACAACCGGGAACCCGUGGGGAAAUACCAUGUAAAGGUUUGCACAACGACACCAUGUCAACUAGGCGGUUGCGGCAGCGACAAAAUCAUGAAAGCCGUCACAGACCACCUCGGAGUCUCCAAUGGCCAAACAACCCCAGACAAACUAUACACCGUUCUUGAAGUCGAAUGUUUGGGCGCCUGCGUGAACGCACCUGUGGUACAAAUCAACGACGACUACUACGAGGACCUCACUCCAGAAUCCGUAGUGAGUCUCCUAGAUGCUUUUAAGGAAUCGGAAACGAACAAAUCCGUCAAGAUUCCUCCACCCGGCCCGCUCAGUGAACGAAACACGUGUGAGAAUAGCGCCGGUUUGACCAAUUUGACGAAUCCAUCGUGGAGUCCGGAGCUGAUGAGGACAGACGGGGAACUGUAAGAAUUUAAAUGUACACACAAAUAUAGAAAUUUAAUGGAAAAGGGAUUUUCAAACAGACGAAGAAUCGGAAAUUUUAUCUUCCGAUUGAUCUGCGUACGUUUCAUUUAAAAUUUCGCUGUAUUUUCACUAGGAUGUCUGUUCAAUGCUUAACUUCUGGGUGCAUUUGCUAACGUUUCAAUUUUCCUUUCCUUUCCAUCCUAAAGUAUGUCUUAAUUCCGCAGAACUCAAUGUGGAAUAACCAGAUGCCUUUGAGGUCGGAUAUUUAUUAUCCCUGCAAUCGUCAUAACCACGAGCUGAUUUGCGUACUAAAGAACUACCAUAUUAGUUAUUAAUUCCUAGCUCGCCGGGCGGUACUGUUUCACGUACAUGUACAUAUUUUAAAUACGCGCUCAUUUUUAUCCAUAACUCCAACCUAUCCUUCACUAACGAACAACUAUAAGAACAAGAUACGAAACCUCACAAAAGACACACAUGAAACACUGCAAAAAGGCAAUAGCGACGGGCUGUUUCAGAAAAUAACUGUUCCUUCGCCUCAUCGCAAACUAAGAAAAAUCGCAUUUGAAAAAUAGUACUCCACCACCCAACCUUGGAAAGAAUAAAGCUACGCACAACCCCCAAAAUCAGAUAUCAGCAGCAUUGCUACCAUCCAAUGAGCUGCCUCUCCAUCCAAGCUCAUCCGUAGGCAAUAAAACUUCGCUACCUGACACAGAGAGAAACCCCCUAUCUCUUUUCACCAAACGCUCCUGCCGACGCUGUUCAAAAAUGUUUACCUCAAUCGUCUUUAGAGCUAGGAAGUGAUAUAUGUGCACAUGCUUUUGUUGACCGUAGCGUCGAGACCGUCCAAUCGCCUGUGCCAUUCCCGAAUUGUAAUCGUACUGUGACUUAGCGAAUAAAGGGUGAAAGAAGAUGACGUGGUUUGCGUUUUGAAGGUUCCUGUGACAUUUGUUAGGAUUUAAAACACUGAGAAAUGAUAUGAAUUCAACAUAUGUCCUGUUUAAAGGAGUGGUAAUGGAGACAGGGCGUUAAUAUCUGACAAACUUACAAUCCGGAUGCCGAAACAUCUCCCAGAUGCAAGAUGAGAACCUUGCUCUUCACUUUUUCAGUGCCAGUCUGGAAUUGUGCUAUCUUAGAAGAGGCCAUGCGAUCAGUGGCGGGGAUCAUUAGAUGAGGAAUGUUUGCUUGCUGCAGCGCAGCAGAAGCGGAUUCCAUGAGAUCUGAAAACUGUAUGAAAAGUAACACCUGUUCGUCUUCUGCGAUACGGUCGGUAUCUUGUAUAAGUCGAAUCAACUCUAAUAAUUUUGUUCCGC